CGACAUGGCUGGCGGCGGCGUUUCCUGGUGACAGCCGGGCGCCGGGCUAUGGGCAGCCAGGAGGUGCUGGGCCAGGCGGCCCGGCUGGCCUCCUCGGGUCUCCUCCUGCAGGUGUUGUUUCGAUUCAUCACCUUUGCCUUGAAUGCGUUUAUUCUUCGCUUUCUGUCCAAGGAAAUCGUUGGCAUAGUGAACGUAAGGCUAACGCUGCUUUACUCGACCACCAUCUUCCUGGCCAGAGAGGCCUUCCGGAGAGCAUGUCUGAGUGGGAGCACCCAGCGAGACUGGGGCCAGACCAUCAACCUCCUGUGGCUGACAGUCCCUCUGGGUGUGUUUUGGUCCUUGUUCCUGGGCUGGGUCUGGUUACGGUUGCUUGAAGUGCCUGAUCCUAAUGUCGUCCCCCACUAUGGAACUGGAGUGGUGGUGUUUGGUCUCUCAGCUGUGGUGGAACUUCUGGGAGAGCCCUUCUGGGUCUUGGCACAAGCACACAUGUUUGUCAAGCUCAAGGUGAUUGCUGAGAGCCUGUCGGUAAUCCUCAAGAGUGUGCUGACAGCUCUUCUCGUGCUGUGGGUGCCUCACUGGGGACUGUACAUCUUCUCUUUGGCCCAGGUUUUCUAUACUACAGUUCUGGUGCUCUGCUAUGUUACUUAUUUCAAAAAGUUACUGGGUUUCCCAAAAUCAACCAAGCAACAAACUCUUCCUGUCUCCAGAAUGACAGAUCUGCUACCCAGUAUUCUGAGAAGUAGAGCUUUUGUAAAUUGGACAGAGGCUAAAUUGACUUGGAGUUUUUUCAAACAGUCUUUCUUGAAACAGAUUUUGACAGAAGGGGAGCGAUAUGUGAUGACAUUUUUGAACGUGUUAAAUUUUGGCGAUCAGGGUGUCUAUGAUAUAGUGAAUAACCUUGGCUCCCUUGUGGCCAGAUUAAUUUUCCAGCCUAUAGAGGAGAGUUUUUAUAUAUUCUUUGCGAAGGUGCUGGAGAGAGAAAAGGAUGCCACACUUCAGAAGCAGGAGGAUGUUGCUGUGGCCGCCACGGUUUUGGAGUCCCUGCUCAAGCUGGCCCUGCUGACCGGCCUGACCAUCACCGUUUUUGGCUUUGCCUACUCUCAGCUGGCUUUGGAUAUCUAUGGAGGGGCCAUGCUUAGCUCAGGAUCAGGUCCUGUUUUGCUGCGAACUUACUGUCUCUACGUUCUCCUGCUUGCCAUCAAUGGAGUAACCGAGUGUUUCACAUUUGCUGCCAUGAGCAAAGAACAGGUGGACAGGUACAACCUCACAAUGCUGGCCCUGUCAUCUUCAUUCCUGGUGCUGUCCUACCUCCUGACCCGCUGGUAUGGCAGUGUGGGCUUCAUCUUGGCCAACUGCUUUAACAUGGGCAUUCGGAUCACAAAGAGCCUUCGGUUCAUCCACCGCUACUACCGUGAGAGCCCCCACCGGCCCCUGGCGGGCCUGCAGCUGUCGCCCGUCCUCCUGGGAGUGUUUGCCCUCAGUGGUGGGGUUACUGGUGUGUCAGAGGCAUUCCUCUGCUGUGAGCAGGGCUGGCUGGCCCGGCUGGCGCACGUGGUGGUGGGGGCCUUCUGUCUGGGAGCAACUCUGGGGACAGCGUUCCUCACCGAGACCAAGCUGAUCCACUUUCUUAGGACUCAGUUAGGUGCGUCCAGACUUGCUGACAAAAUGACGUGACCUGAGGGAUUCACUGACACCUGUGCACCUGGGCCAGCUGUGGGCAGAGCACGUUUCCUGGGCAGAAGGGCCCUGCAGAGGGGUCUGCGGAGUGAGGCCCACCCAGGCUCGAGAGGCGUUGGAGAGAACCCCCCGACCAACAUGGACUGUCCACCCGAAGUCUUCCUCAGGAAGCAGGGGUUCCAUGUUUACGGGAAGACCAAAAGCUUUUAAAAUAAAUACAAUUAUUUUUUCCACCA